AUGUCGAGAGGCCCGUCGUCUGCACCACCGGUGCAAACGACGCGCUCCGAACCGAACGCACGCCUCGCUUUGUAUUGCACCAAGCUACCCAGCACGACGGUGAACAGCUUCUGCGGCGCCAUGGCCGGGAUGGCAUCGGGGAUCGUCACAUGUCCGCUCGACGUCAUCAAAACGAAGUUGCAAGCCCAGGGGGUAUACAGCGUACAUAGCGUCAAACGAGCGCCAUCGCAUAUGCUAUAUAAUGGCAUGAUGGGUACAGCAAGAGUAAUAUGGCGAGAAGAAAGGUUUCGGGGACUGUACCGAGGGCUGGGACCCAUGCUCUUGGGAUAUUUGCCGACAUGGGCAGUCUACAUGAGCGUUUAUGAGAAGUCAAGGGAGUAUUACUAUACACAAAUAGAGAACAAAUGGGUCGGCCGAGUAUAUGCCUCCAUCACCGCCGGCGCAUGCUCUACGCUCGCAACCAAUCCGAUCUGGGUCAUCAAGACCCGACUCAUGUCGCAGAUGCACCCUCGAACCCCCGCCGAAGCCAACGUGCCUUGGUACUACCGCUCGACCCUCGACGCCGCCCGCAAGAUGUGGCGCAACGAAGGCUUCCGCGCCUUCUACUCAGGCCUCACCCCCGCCCUCCUCGGCCUCUCCCACGUCGCCAUCCAAUUCCCCCUGUACGAGUUCUUCAAGAUGCAGUUCACCGGCCUCGAGAUGGGCGAGGCCUCCCCCAACGACCACGACAUGCACUGGCUCGGAAUCCUCGGCGCCACCUUCCUCAGCAAGGUCUGCGCCACCUCCGCCACCUAUCCCCACGAGGUCCUCCGCACCCGCCUGCAGACCCAGCAGCGCAUCGCCCCCUCCCCGUCCCACGAAGGCAUCUCCUUCCGCGGCGGGCUGGGCCAGGGCGUGCAUUCGCGAGCCCCCGGCACCGCAUCGUCCGACGGGAUGAUCAACAUGCCGCGCUACCGAGGCGUUAUCCGAACGGCGCGCGCCAUCCUGCACGAGGAAGGGUGGCGGUCGUUCUAUAACGGCAUGGGGACGAACAUGAUCCGCGCCGUACCGGCGGCGAUGACGACGAUGUUGACGUUCGAGACGUUGAAGGCGGCCAUCACGCGGCUGCAGAAGGAAGGGAACGAGAUGCUGGAUAUGGAUCAUAGAUGA